GGUGAAGGGAGUCUCAGGAACAUUUUGCAUUGAGAGUAUUGCUGGAGCUUCUCUUCCUUGCUGAUUGCUGGAUUCCCCCUAUGGAUCUGACUGCCUACUUGUGACUUGGAUAGUUUAUUUUGUUCUUUUAUUAUUUUGUAUUUUAAUUUUCCAAUAUUUAUUUCCUCUGGGAUCCUGCCCUGAAGUCUGCACACAUGUUAGUCCACGCAUACUCUGCCAUGGUAAGAUGGGCUGGGAUGACACCCCUGUUAUUAGAACCAGGCAGCAUUCCAUUAUUUUGGAAAUAUUACACCUUGGUGGUGUUAUGGCAGAUGGAAAGUCUCAAUGCUCCUAAUUGGUGUUUAGUGAUACUUUAAUUUUCCUAUAGAGGAUUGAGAGGCUCCAAGUAGAGGGGGUCACAACAUGGAAUACAGGCAUGGUUAUUCUGGGGGGAGUUGAUGUGGCCCUUGGGUAUAUGGCUGGAGGGCUGUGUAUAAUAGGUGUAUGUGACUGUGUAUGCACAGAGAGUUCUCUGGAAACUCGAGGAAGGAUCCAAGAGAUUCAAUAAAGAACCAAGACUGUAGCCCUGUAGAUCCAGCUGCUAUGUGUUCAUACUGGGGGAUGUAGUGUGUAUGUUUCGUGUCCUGUAAGUAACAAUUAGAUAUGUACUGUGCACUAUGUAUCUGUGUAUUUUCUAUGUACUAUUGAUAGUGCACAUUCAGAGGAUGUGUAUACCAUGCUUGUGAUUAGAGUGUCUGCUCAGUGGGUAAGAGCUGUAGCGAACAGUCAGCAAGAGCUGGGGUGUAUAUCAUGUUAGUGUUUAGAGUGUAAGCUCAGUGGCUCAGGCAGCUAACAGCCAGAAAGAGCUGGGGUGUAUAUCAUGUCAGUGUUUAGAGUGUCAGCUCAGUGGGUCAGGGUAAGAGUUGUAGCUAACAGACAGUGCUGUCUCUUGUUCCAGGAGCGCUCGGAUGCCCUGAAUGGAUCUACCGGUGGUAGCCGCCUGUCCCAGCUCUCCUCCCUAAACCAGGGGGCAUACAGCUCAGCUCCCCCGCUCUGCCACACCCCGGCAUCGGACUUCCAGCCCCCAUAUUUUCCCCCACCGUACCCUCAACCACCCCUCUCCUACUCGCAGAGCCAGGAGUCCGGAUACCCCCACCUGGCAGACCCCUACAGCAGCAUCAACCCCCUCCACCAGCACCACCACCACCAGCAGCAGCAGCAGGUCUGGCACAGCCAGAGGGGUCGGCAGGAGGAGGCAGGUCUGCUCUCACACAGGGGGCUGGGGCUGGACCCUCGCAGGGACUAUGGAGGGAUCCCCCGCCUGCUGCCCGGCCUGGGAGACGGAGGGCACAGCCUGGCAGAGAGUGCUCUGUCUCUCCAUGGCCUGUCACAUCACAGCAUAGAGGACAUGCAGGUAAGAGACACCAUGCCACCUGGAGAACAUCUAUUUAUUGGGGUCACCAGAAAUGAUUAAUGGGGAGAUUAAUAUGUAACAGAAUGAAUGAUGCCCAGAGACCCCCUUAGAAUAGUAAAUACAAUCACAUAGCCAUCAAUCUGUUUCUUAUCCCAUUUAAAGCACAAUAUUGUCCUACUGCCUUUGCAAAAAAAAUGCCAGUCCUCCAUAACAUUGACAAAAAUCAACACAAAAAUGUGCGUAUUUGACAUGAGAAAAGAAUGAACAAUAUUGUCAGGAGCCAUUCUGAGCGUGGACUUUGGAACUUUCUAUAACAGUAUUAAAAUUGAAUUAUUCUGUUCAUGCUAAUACUACAGGAAUUUGAUAUAUGUAUUAAAUCAUUGUAUUAACACACAUCAGAUCCACGUCUGCUUCUUAAACUUAAUUUAUUGAUCAGAGGAGCUUUCCUUUCAAGGUGAAAGGUGCUUUGUGAUUUAUUAUGAUUUAGCACGAGUAGAGUGUGAUCAGUGUAUGUUGUGUGUUUAUGGCACACUGUCAUUGGAUUGAAUGUUAGUGAACCUCUUGUUAGUCUGAACGCUUCAGGCACAGCUAUUUAGAAGAGGUCAGCUAACACACAGCCAUAAAAUACGUAUCAUUUUAGGAUUUGUUUACAGUUAUUUUAAAUGACCCAUGAAACCAGGCUUAAUAUCCGCUAAGCAAGUGUUUUAACUCCCUCGACAAUAUCCAUAAUGCCUGAUUAAAACGGUAUUGGGAAAAAAAUAAUAAUUAAUAAUAAUAAAAAAUAAAAUAAAAAAAAUAUAUAGAUAGAUAUAAUUUUUUAAGAGGACAUUUAAUUUAAUUGCAUUUAAUUUUGAGACAGAAGUAGUGGCAAAUUACAAAUAUAUGUUAUGACGAAAUCUAUUAUGUUUCCAGUGACAAAUAUUUUGCAUACGAAAUAUACAUCUUCUGUGAAUUAUUCAGCCGAUAAGACAUUUAAAAUUCUGGUGGUUAUUAUUUUACCCUUAAAUAUGUAUUAAUAUUAUAUUAAAAAAAACAACUGCGAAAAUUAUAAAGGAAAUCAUUCUGAUUAUUAUUCAGUCUACUUUGCUAUCUAUUAAGAAUAAAGGGUAUUUAGCGUGACUUAUUUUACAGGAAAUAUUUUCGAGUUUUUCUAAAAUAAAAGCUUUACAUAUUUUUUUAUACAACAAAAAAUGCGAUAGAAAGCACAAAAAAAAGUGAUCUUAUACGACAUGCAUUGCAAUUAUAGUUUUUUUUAUUAAAUCCAAAAAUAUAUUUAAAGUUUCCAAGUUCUGGGGCUUUUCACAUUUUGCAGACAGUUUCUGUAGCUUUUCUCUCUUACAAAAAAAAAAUAUAUAUAUAAAUAUUUUUUGCUACUGUUCAGCCACGUACAGCAUAGUUUUUGUAAGUUCAGCAUCCCAUAUUAAAUCUAAAUCCAUCUUUAUUAUGUAAAGCAUUUUAUUUAAAAAGGAUAUCUAUACAAUCUGCAUUACCGACAUUUGAUCACUCACCUUUCAUUAUUUAAAAAGGUUAAUUUGUCAGAACUGUAGAAAAAAAUUUUUUUUUAAAUAAUCUUAUUGCAGAACUCUACUUAACGAAAAAUCACACACUUAAACAAACUGAUUUUUAAAAUUAUGAUGACCGAGGUUUGUUAACUAUAUAUUUACUUAUUUCAUUUUUAGAAUGUUACUUUGUCCCUCUUCUGUCUUUCCAUAAUUGAUCUUAGAAGCAAUUUAACUCCUAAAUUAAUUUGUCCCAAUGUCUACAUUGUAUAAGAAAGUGAUUCAUACAUUUAUCAGUGAAUUGAAAACAGUAUUUGCUGGAUUUGAAGGAAACGUAGUCAAAUACGUACUCAGCUAGUAAUAUAUAUCUUUUAUAUUGAAUAAUCUAUUUGUAUUCACUACCGUAUAGAUAACCAUUAUCACCAUAAACACCCACGUCUGACAUCCAGCGCCCAGACAUUUCAAAUUAGUCACACAAACAUAUAUAUAUUAACUUUCUGUUUAUAACAUUCACUUGAAGUAAUAAUAAGUUUAUUUUAGUUAAUUAAAUCGUAGUGUUUGUAAUCCCACAAAAUAGAUCGGGAUAAAGGUACUUAUAGGAAGUUAUGUAGAAGGCAAGUGUGGGGCAAAGGUUUAGAACUGGAGCAGUUACCAUGGAAACGAAUAAAUGAGACCGGCUGAAUAUUGCUCCACUUUUAAAGCUGUACAACAGAAUAUCUUAUAAAUUAUCUCACUGUACUAGACUGAUCAAACAUAUACAUAUUUUUGUUUUUGUUUUUUUAAUGUAUUUAUUUAUCGGUUGCUUUAAAAUAGCUUUUUUUUUCACAGGGGAUUAUAUAUAAUUACAUUUUAUAUUUUAAAAUAAAUAUUUUAAGGAUCCUUAGCUAUAAUCUACCUUGACACACGUCUGCUAAUUAUAAUGUAUGCAAGCCUUUUGCCUCUUUAUUACAGUGCUUAAUUUAUGUAUUUACUAUAACUCUAUUUUGUAUGAGUGUCAUUAAAACUUUUAGUUAUCACUUAUCUCCAUCAGCAGUGCUUAGAGAUAUAUAGUAACGAUUUAAAUGCUAAACCGAUUGAAAAACGAUGGGACUGUAAUUGGUCAGUCUGUUUGUUGAUCUAAUAUCUAUAUUAUGUCAUUAAAGACUUGCCAAAGCCUACACUCCUUUGAAGGUGCUAAGCAUAGGUCUCAGAGGGUAAUGUGAUAUAUGGUCUACUUAAUGACAUUAGAAAGACACACACACACACACAAAUGGGUGAUUCAUUUGCAUUAUAAUAAUCUUUAUCAUUUGGGCCAUAUUCACUAAGCAGCGAGUUGAAAGCCAACUUAAUUUAAUUUUUUUUCAACCGAGCUACUUUAGUGCAUAGAGCCCAAUGUUAAAAUAAUAUUUUUUAAAAACCCUAUUAAUGCAAAUAAAUUAACAAUAAAAUGAAUAAAUAAAACUAAUCAACAAAAAUGUUGUAAACAUUAUGUAUGCAUCUGUGUUUUUUGUGUUUUUAAAGCAAUGUAAUUUAAACUUGUGGAUGUUUUUGUAAAGUUAUUAAUUAUUAUUCAUUAAACUACGAUUUUUUUUCAACUGACUUGUCAGAUGAAGGCUAAGGUAAUCGAGCUGGUGUAAUGUUUAGCAGAGGUUUACUUCUAAAUCUGAUGGGUUUGUGCUAAACAAAUUGUCAGCUCGCCCUAAGUUGCUGUUUAGUGAAAUUCCCCAACAUGUUUUGCUUAAUUCAAUCUGUCACUUGCAGUUACUUUGUGUCCCCUUGUUAUGCAGUGUUUGUGGUUGUGUUUUUCAGGCGGUGGAUGAGUCUGGAGUUGGCAUAUUGGACCAGUCUGUGAUAAAGAAAGGUAAUAACGAUUGAUGCUUCUCAUUUCCAUGUAAACGUGUAACAACUGUAUGACAUAAUUUUAAAAAAUCACUGCUAUAUGACAAGUCCUUCUCCCAAGUCCUGUGCUGUCAUUAUAUAUCUCUAUACCAUCUCUGCUGGAAAGCUGAUCCACAAAUUACCCCUUGUCACCAUCAGUUUUAAAGAGGCAGCAUUGAUAAAAUCUGAAUGGGUUCCUGUGUUUUGUACUAGUAAGUAAGGAUUCUCUUAAAUACAUAUUAAGAUAAAGUUUAGGUGUUUAUAUUUUUCAAAAUGUUUUUUAAAGACUACUUUAUCAUCUAAUUAUUAUAUAUAUUUUUUAUGUUGAAAAUUAUUCUUCUAUUUCACUUAACCCUGAUACUGGUGUCACAGUGUUUAUGGACAUUUGUAUUGGUGUUAAAUCACAAAACUUUGAAUUUAUUUGCAAAAUAUAGCAUAUUACAGAACAAUUGGAAAAGUCAUUUUAAGACUUCCAAUUCAGUUAUAUUGAUGUAAUAAUUUACAAGUAAGUUUUCAAUUCCCCAUUUUUGUGAAUAGUGAAACCCUUUGUGAAUUCCCAUUGUAUAUGACUGCAAACAUUACAUAUACAUCUGUAUAUGUACCUCUAAUACAUAUAUUAGAAAAGAUGGACAAUCCUGAUUUAAUUACUUUUACCAAGCAAUUGAAUUGAUCAUAAUUAUUUUCUGUAAUUAAACAAAACAUGAUUACUAUAAGUAGGACUGUAAUUUAAACAAUAUAUAUAUAUAUAUAUAUAUAUAUAUAUAUAUAUAUAUAUAUAUAUAUAUAUAUAUAUAUUACAAAUGUCAGACUUUUAUUCUCAGUUGGGUUAAUUGUAAAGUAACAAAGCUGAUCUGGACAGAUAUCCCUUGGUGCAAUUUAACAAUUGAGCCUCAUAUAAAGCAGUAAAUAAUUUGUAAUAGCACUGCAUUUCAGUAGCUAUGGUUGUUGCAAUUGAUCACGCUAAAAAAUUAUAAACAUUGCAAUGUACAAAGAAGUCUAUUUUACAUUGGUACAAUGUCAAGGGGAAAAAAAUCUGCUAUUGCUUAAGGGAAUGUUGGCUGCACUCAGGGUUAUUCAGAAAAUUCAGAGUUUUAAAAAAUUUAGGCCACAACAGCCAAAUUGGAAAAUGAAAAAUAGAUAUUUUUAAUCAGUUCAGUUAUUUUGGCCUUAAAAUGUUACAUUUACUUUGAAUUCCCCAUAAUUCACAAUUUAAUGAAUAACCAAAAUCUCACCUGAAGCCAGAUUAAUUGGUCAAGCUAUGGAUUUCAAUUGAUAUAUUCCUGACAUUUUGUGUUGAACAAACGUCUACCAAUAGACGUAUUUCUUUAAAAUAGCAAACAAAAAUAAUAUCUUGGAGUCUGAAGAAAUACACAACCCUGACACUUACCCCCAUCCCUUACUCCACACACAGUAUGGAGUAAGGGAGUAUUAGAGAGUCAAAAUAUAUGACUCAAUGAAUUAGCCCCAAUUACUCAUAGCCAAUUGUAAGAGGUUUGGUUUAACAUUACAAGUAAGUCGAGGGCCAUUUGAAUGUCCCUCUGUUUCCCCCCAUUGUCUGGGCUGCGGUAUGGGGGCUAGAACACAGAAAACCCUAAAACUAGGUAGUAAGCCUGCUUUCCAUUUUCCUUAACCUUUUCGGCAAUGUAAAAAGUCAUUAGGUCUUUGGUCAGUGUGCCACAUACUUGCCCAAUCAUAACCAUCACAACCAUCAACACUGGAGCAUUUGCAGCGUUCUUUUUUUUUUUGCAAGAAGACCCACACGUUUACCAUCUAAAGGUUAUAAUUAGGGGUGGAGGUUGGAGGUUGCAGGAUGAUUUUAUAAUAUGAGAAAAAUGGCAUUACUGCAUCAUCAGGAAACUUCUGAUUAAACUUUAAUAUUUUUUUCCAUUAGAAAAUGUUGCUUGUUCAAUAAAUGAAAAACAUUUAAUUCUACAUGAAAAAAAAUAUUAUUUUAUAUAUUAUAUAAUAUAUUAUAAAAAGAGAAAACCAAGAAUUCAGAUAGAUAGAAGUUGGAAUAAAUGACUAAUAGUAAAUGAAAAUACGUAUAUAAUAUUUAUUCAUAGUAUCAAAUUUAGCUCCAUAUAAUUGCACAUUAUAUAAUCGCUCCAUAUAAUUGGACUUCAAUUAUAAACUGUAUCAUACAUAUUUGUUGUUUUUGCUUUGCUCAGAUAGGAGUCUGAGCAGGAUUAGAAUAUUGUGGUAAUAUAAUGCUGAAAGUCUUUGUCCCAUACCCUGUAAUUUCUAUAUUAGAACCAAAUCAUGCACUAGUUUGCCCAUAUUAAUGCAUUAUAGCAUGGAUCUGUGGUUUUAAGCAAUACUAAUGUUGUUGAGCUGGUCAUUAAAUUACAAGCUUGAUAAAAACUGUCUUCUAGUUAUAGCUGUCAUUUCCGGUUUUAGGCCUGUUCUAGGUUUGUACUGUACAAUCAAAUGUGGAAAUGAUAAAAAUGACUUUGCGUGACAUAUGUGGAUAUUGGGUGUGUCUCUCUUGAUGAUCCAAGAUUUUGCCAUUCUGCAAAUUUACCGUGAUUAUGUAUAAAUCUUAACCCGUUCUUGUUAAGAAAGAAGGUCAGUGCUCCUUCUUAAGUGAGCAAGGCAGUACUGAAACAGUUAAUUGAGUGUUGUUGUUUUUAAAAAAUGUAAAUAUAUCAUCUAAUUGGCAGUUAGUUGUGCAAUAUGAAUGUUGUGUUUAGUAUUGGUAUAAUUACUAUUAAAGGUAUAGUGCUUGAAUGUUUAGGGUACUUUUAUCAAACAAAUCUAUGAGGAUGACCAAUGAUAAAGUAUAUAGAAUGUACCCAGAUUUGGUAAUCCGAUGGUAAUUUCAUUAACAUCAGAACUGUUUGUGUCUCCAAGAAAAUUAUUUUAGAAGCCAUGCCAUCAAAUGAACGUAAAUCAAGGCUAGGUUCUAGGUUUUACCAUUUACAUCUGACAUACAGAAAAUGUGCUUUUCUCACUGCUAAAUACUAUAAUCCACUUUCAAGUGUGAAUUUCUCUUUCUGUAUAGCACACCUACUCAUCCCAGACACGUCAGCAGACCGCUGUUCCCAUAGAUUUCCUUAUCAUAUAAUAUAAAUAAAAUAGUUAGGGAUUCUUGAUAUGGGCAUGGAAAUGAGGUUCACAAUAGUAAUCGCCUUUACCUUGCUGAACAAUUCUUUGUUUCCUCCCUUCCUCAUUUAUAUAACAUCAUACUCUGUGAACAGAUUAUGGUGAGCUGAAAUUCUUUAUUUUAUUGUGCACGAAAAAUACAAAGAGGCAAUCAGUGCCACAACAGCUAUUGCCAGCUUUUAGAUCAACAUUUAAAGACAUUCAUUUGGCACAUCAGAACAUUGCACAUUUUUUAUUAUAUUGCAGAUUCAUCAAGAAUUAGAUGAACAUGUCAGUUAUAAAAUAAUUUAACAUACUGACUUUUUGUAAGAUUAUAGGGUCACAAGUUUAAUUAGGGCUUAUCUUUAUAAGGUAAAUUAUGUUCAUCUAACGUUGCUUAAUAGUGAGUGGAUGUAUAUCCCUGGGCAGACAUUACAAGAGUCCUGCUUCGUGGUACCCAACCAGUCCCAUAUUAGGUGGCUGUUUCCCUCUCCGGUCUUAUUACUCCGUUGUGUGGUUGCAGGCAAGAUUUGUACACCGGGCCCCCUUUUAGGAUUCCACUGCUCGUGGUGAGCAGAGAACAUCUGCGGGGUUGAGUGGUGUCAAAGGGUUCUUCUCUGAAGGAGCUGUGAUCCAUGUGGUCUGCGGGUUUCAGCUGGGCUGAGCUGUCUGUGUCGGGACACUUUAUGAGGCCUCCACCUCCGCUUUCCCACUUGUCAUGCUGCGUUAGGCGUAAGCCCGGACUGCAACGGUUUGUCUCCGUUCUGUGAGGGGCCAGCAUGGAGCGAGGUCGCAACGACAGGUCUUGUCUGGCGCUGUUUGGUGUGUUCCCAGUAUUGCUUCCAGAAGCGCUCGAAGGCCAGAGUAAUGCGGUCACUGGAGUCUGGGUCGUGCUUGGCCUUGUUUCGAUGGCUAUCUAGGUUUGCACUGAGCGGGUUUCCAGCUCCGCGUGUACCCUCAGGUCAGGGUGUGGUGAGUGUGAUUUCACCCCGCCGGUCCAUAGUGGGAGGGGAAGGGGGGGAGGGAGCAAACUCGGGCCAAGCGGUUGAUCCAAGAGCGUGGAGAGCGACCGCCUCUCCCCUCCCCAACCUCCCACAGGCCGCAACUGCGCCCCAUCCCGGAGCUACUGACCGCCUCGCUGUGGCAUUGUAUGCUUUAAAGUAAUUUUUGGCUGGAAGAGCCGGUAGUGUUAGGGUCUCAGGCCCGGAGCUUGGGAAGCAUGAGACCAGUCGGCUCAGCAGUCAGGCUCCGCCCCCCACGGUGAAUUGAAAUUAACUAACUGAAGUAGAUAAAACUAAUCUCCAGUUCAGUUAGAGUACUAGUUUGGCCCACUGGCAGUAACUAUCAUCUCAACUAGGGCAAAUACAGGGUUAUUCACUAAAGUGAGAAUUCAAAGUUACUUCAAAGUGAAUUUCAAAUUUAAGAUUAAAAUAGUUGAAAUGGAAAAAAAAAUUGUUUGGCUACUCUGGACUUAAAUUUGAAAUUCACUUUGAAUUCUUACUUUACUUUAUAAGCCUUACAAUUUUUCAAGUCCUUACAUAUUAACAAGGUUUACCGUAUAUACUCGUCUACAAGUCUAUCUUCGUGCAGUUUUUUGACCAACAAUUGUGAAACAUGCUAUGACUCGUGAAUAAGUCGAGGGUACAUUAUUCAAAUGGAAUUGUUCGGCUUCUGUUUGGUUACCGAACAGACUCUGUGUGGUUCCCCCUUGUUAACACCUCGUAAUCACCGACCACCCCUGACUGUUAACAACAAACAAGCAUGCCCUGGGUGGCCGCCAUUGGUAUAUACGAAUGCACGUGUUGUCUCCUGAACGCAGGCAGCGGUACAUAGUCAUUAACGGUAUGAAUCUCGGCUACGCAAGCCCGCGAACCCCGGUGAAACUUGUACCCCUGCCCGUUAGACUUCCCGACCAGCUAGGGGAACAGCGCUCGGGAGUUGACAUUGCCCCGCAUUCAACUCCCAAACGCUGUACAAAAUUCUCGACUAAUACACGAGUAUAUACAGUAGUUGUAAAUAAUUUCAUCCAGACCUAUCUAUUCUAAUACAUGCAGUUUCUGCCCACAUUAAUUCUGAAGGGAAGAAGCCUGUGUGGAUAUAAUGUUGGUGAACAUACCAGCAAUACCUUAAGUCAGUAAUUUCCAACCCUGGCCUCAAGCACAGCUACAGCCCAGGAUAUAGGUAUUUCUUAAUUCUGUAUCUCUGGGUAUACUGAUAGAAAGUGGAUCAUUGUAGUGUCUUUAGAGCUGGAUUGGAAAUCACUGGCUUAAACUAUGCCUUAAAAAACAUAUAGUUAUCAAGUAGCUAAACACUAGACACUUCCACAGUAUUAUGGUCAUUAAUAGUAUCUGUUUAGUAAAUCCCAUAAUACUUUGGAAGUCUUGGAUUACUGGAUGUGAUGUGAGUUGUGAUACAAAGUUCUACAACAGCAGCUACUUGAUGACCUGAUACUUUAGAGGUCUGUGGAUGACUAGGCAUUAUGUGAGUUGUAAUUCAAGUUCCACAAGAGCACAAGAGCUGUAGAACUACCUGAUGAUUGUCUCAGCCAAACCCAGCAAAAAGUUAUUGACAGGACCUGAAAUCCUAGACUUGGAAAUGAAAAUCAGUUUUUCACUCAUGUCUAUGGCACACAGUAAAAUCUUAAUGUGGGCAAUUUACAAAGAAAAAUACUAACAUAUAUUAGCAAUGGCAAUCUCUCCUUCCCAAAGCAAUCCAUCAGUGGUACUCCUUCACAGCUGUCCCUCCCCCCCCUGCUGUGUGCUUACAGAGCUGGAUUUUUGGGAAUACUUUUCCAAUCUGUACUGUCUGCUUCAAUUUCCUGCCCAGCCUCAUGAUCAAACCUCCGGCCCCUAACAGAGUCCUGGAUUUUCCUAUUAAAACUAAUUACUGGAGACCUGUCUCAUAUCCCUAAAUCCUCCUUUUUGUUCCCCUACAUUAACUGCCUCAUAAACUGCUAACAAUGUCAGAGCUAAAGACUUAGAGGAUGGUUAAAAAAAAAAAGGAACGCAGUGAACUCCCCAUCCAUUCCUGGGACUCGAACAAGAUGUUCUUUCGGGCGGUGAGGGAGUUAAUAUGAAAGCCAUUAACUCUGGAAUGGAAUAGCAAUCUUAAUACAGUUUGUUAUCAGAUUUCCAAAUAGAAACCAUCCGUUUUGCUUCUUUGUUUUUUUUUUUUUUGACCUUGUUUUACGGCCCAGAAUUGUAGAGGCUAAAUGAUAGAAAAAUAGAAGUUUAUUUUUAUUUGGGGUAAAGAAAUGGGUGUGGUGUCCCUGUGUUUCCGUUCUCCUGUGGUUUCUAUCGCGUGUCUGCGGCAUGUGCAACACAUAUGUAAAGAUGACAUAUUAGACAUUUCACAUAACAUAACAGUAAUCAAAUUAGUUCAGAACAGUGACAUGGUAAAAAAUCCUCAACUUAAUUUUAAAUCAUUUUACAAAACAAGAGGCGUGGGAAUUAACUCAAAACAGUCAUGACAUAUGUGUACAUAUAUUUACAUAUAUAUAUAACCUAUAUAAACUUUCUUAAUCAUAGCCUGAAACUACCAAUUGCUCUUGUUAUCUAUAGAUUUGUAAAUGGCUGGUAUGCUAUAAAGAGAUUGUAAUUAAUCAAUGUAACUUCACUUUUAGACAUGUAUAUUACAGCUGUUGAACCAAAACAAUGUGAAAAACCCAACUUUAAGAGAUUUCCUAUUUAUUUCCUAUUUUGAAAAACUCCUUGAUUCCAAACUGUCAAAAUUCCUCCUUGAUUCAACGAGCUGUUACCUACAUGAACUAUUAUAUCCUUGGAUGUUCUUUGGCAUUGUUUAUAAAUCUGUACAUAAUGAGAUAAAAUAACACGUCUUAUUCUGAAAACAUUUACAAACAUCAGGGUUAUUCACUAACAGGGCUACUCAGUAAAUUCUGAAUUCUAGCAAACUAAAUUUGAAUGGCAAAAUAGCCAAGCUAUGUGUGACCAUAGCUGAUUGGGGAAGUCAUCUAUUUUAACCCCAACUUUGCCAUUCUGAUUUAAUUCCAAAAACGUUCAGAGUUUUGUAAAUUGCUGCAUAUUUAAAGUAAAUUCACUUUAUUGAAUUUCAAAUAUCAAUUUUUCGGACAAAACAAAGUGAAUUUGGAGAAUUUUUCCAAUUUGGCUAUUUUGUUCUCAAAUUCACUAAGAAUUCUCUCAAUUCAUACUUCCGUGUAUAAUCAUGCAUUCAGAGGCAGAUGCAGCGGUGCACCAGGGCAAGUGCCCCCCCCCAAGAUAGCGCCAGCAAGUACCUAGAAAAUAUAUAAAAAUACUUAUAUUUUCCUCCCCCUACAUUGCUACUGUAGUUCCGGCCAAGCAGCAUUGAAAUAACAGUAGAGGAGCUUCACUGGGAAGUGCUAAAAGAGCAGUGUUAUAACAUCGCAUUCCUGCCCUUUCCACACAGCAAUCAGUGCCUCAGUGCAGAGUCCUGAGAGGGUGCGAUAACUCUCAAUACUGUCAUUUCAAUGCCACUCAGCCACAUUACUAAAACAAGGUAGAGGGAGGGAAGCGGCUGGCGCUUUCUCAGGGUCAGUGUCUGCUUUUUUUACAACUGCCUUUGUCAAAUUUGAGUCCCGGAUUUGCCCCUGCUUGCAUGAGUUGACAACGUAUUACAAAAAUUUAAUGAUUGUGGAUUUAUGGUAUAUAUAUUGUGACCAACAAGUAGAUUCCAUUAUGUUACAUCACAACAAAUUCUAUGAUGCUUUGCGAUAUUUAAGACUGACAAAGGGUGGGGGGCGGGGCCUGACCGGGGAGCUGAGCAGACAUGCUUUCUGUGAGCUCCCGAGCCUGGGCCAGAUUUUCGGCGGAUAACGGAGAAAAACUCACCCAAACUGGUCCUUUAGCCCACCACACCUGGCACUGUGAAAGCGUGGGUACAAGAGGACACCUCACAGACCUGCAAACCCGCUGGGAGUCUGGGCCGGGAACUCGGGGCCUACAACGCAUGGUGGUGGGGAGAGGCGGCCGCUCUCCCGACCCGCCUAACCAAGCAACCCCCGAAGCAUCGGGCCUCCCUACCCCCCCAGGAUCAGAGGGGGUUAUCCUGGUCCAGAAAAGCAUGUACCGUAAGCCUCCAUUGCUUGCAAUGGAUGACGAUAACCAACAGCACGAAACACACAGUCAAGCAGACGCUCAUAAAAUGGCGACCUCAGGCCAAACUGCAGAGCAUGCUCCCACCCAGCCUAUACACGAGCGCCUUGAUGCACUGUUCAGCCGGUUCUGGGAGAAGCUGGAAAGUCGGAUGACACGUCAAACUCCUACAUACCGAGAGGAGGUGAGGCUGUCCCAAGCUGUAAGGCAGAGCGGGCAGACCCCGGGAGAAGCCGCCGCACACAGACAGGCGGAACACCCAUCCCGGCAGGGGAACGUUAGGAGACUCCCUCCUAUUCACCGACCACACCGCAGGAGAGCCACCCGCCGCUGGCGGCGGAUAACCAUCAGGGCCCUCCAUAUCGCCCAUCAUGGGAAAGACCAGGCCCCGAGAGGCAACCGAGUCUGUGGCCACAUGGUGCCAACCCCACAGGAUGCCGGGAAUAAAGGAGAAGCCCCCAGCCGCAACCACCUCCUCUCCUCGUUGACUCACUUGAAAUCGCUGCCGGAACCCCCACCCAGACGGAACCCGAACGACCUACACUUACCCAGUCGCACAAGCAGAGCCACUAGAACGGGCAUAAGGGGAGACAACCCGGACGCAUGCAGGCCGCGGCCCGCAACCAACAACCCAGCCCGCAAAGAGAAACACACCAGAGGCUGAGAUCUGCGGCCACCCCAUCCCCGGACCACGGUCUGGCCACUUUUCAGGACUUACACUGUUGGACACUCUGUGUUACAUCCACACCAGGUCAUUUACCUAGAUAUGUUACUCUAGACACACUCAAAUAGCAAACACUCACUAGAAAGUUAUUGAAAGCUUAUUGGAACACGCUAUACAAACGGCUUACUACUAUCAUAGCAUAACAUGUCUCAUAUGUGAUAACACAGAUUAUGUACACCCUAAUAACACAGGACAGUAAGCCACCAGUCAGAUUGUACACACUGCAAAGGAUUUAUUGCAUCUUAGCCCUGCAAUCACUACUAGUCCUGGGAACAAUUCUGUUGGACCUGUUUAAUUUUCGCUUGAUUUUACUUAGUUUUUACAAGCCAGUCUUAGCUUGUCUUGUUCAGCCUGCAUGUACUUAAAUCAUAAAAUACACUUGAAAUGUCACACUCGUCAUAUAGCAUUUUAGGUUAGCAUGUUUACAAUACACUACGGUUAAGCGACUUACAAAAUAUAAAAAAUGAGGCAUUAAUAAUCGGGAAAUGUAAUCAAUAAGGUUUUUGCUGUAUUUACCCUAUUUUGUGGACUACCCAUGCAUCUCCCCUGUCUCUAUUCUGUACCCUUCAUAUAUGCCUUAAUAAAAUAAAGAUUGACAAAAAAAGACUGACAAAGGGUCUCUCUUUAGCCACCACUGUUGUUUGAAGUUUACCCUUUCAUACAAUUUUGUUUAUAGUCAUCCUGAUUUAAUGACUUUCAUAAUUCUACCUAUUUGUAUGAUGAGCAGUAAUUUUAGGUUAAUUACAAUACAUGCUUAAUAUUUGAUGAAAACACUACAAUCAACCAGACCACUGAAUCUCUUGUUUACAAUGCAGAGUUGAGUCCACCUCUAGCUAAAUACAUCUCUGUUGGCUGUCUUCCCGAUAGUCAAUAGAGGUGUUUCUGCAGCAUUUAUUGAGCAAAACUUGGCCUGGGAAUCAAAUGCUGCUAUGAGGAGGAACACGACAUUUGGUUGGUUAGUCUAUUGCUUCUCUGUGAGAAACAAUGAAUUGGAGGAGAUCGGGAAGACAUUAGCAUAUAUUCUGAUGUUUUCAAGGACGGACUGGGCGUCUGUAGAAGAGGAGUCUUGGCGCUGGAAAAGAGGUGAGUAAUAUUUAUUGGACUUUAAUUUUUAAACUCAAAGGGGCUGGAUAAAAGGCCACCUAUAGUCCCGAAAGAACAACUGUUAUUUUCGUGGACUAAAAGUUCCUUUUACGCAUACUUGUAAGAUUGGUCUGCAACUAGCGGCACACCUGUUAUUUUUACAUAUACUUGAAGAUUCACUAAAGAAUAGUGAUAAAGACUGAGAAUUGUUAGGAAUUCAAAAUGAAUUUAAAGCUAAAAUAGCCCAAACUUGAAAGAUUCUGGUUUGACUUCUUUAUCCUUAAAUUUGAAAAUCAUUUUGAAUUCCCACUAAUUCUCACUAUAGUGAAUAAUCCUGAUAUUAUUAAGGCCUGAUUCUUUUAUUACCGAUCCUUAAAUCUCAAUGGCCCAAACAACAUUUUCUUGCCAACUGAUUUUCCUUUAAAGAUUAGUGAUAUAUGGAUCAAGUGAUACAUUUGUAACACACUUGUGAUCAUUAAUCUAUAUUGCGCAUAUAUAUAGACCAAAGAGGAGUUUAAAUUAUGUCUUUGAGAGAAUUACCCAUGAAUCCAAAGUCACAGAGAGACUAACAUAGGGAUUAAUAUAGAAAGAGAACUUCAAAUGGGGAUGUGUGUAUUUUGCAAUUCAAGGCAAGAAAGCCAUUUAAGUAGCGGAGCCAGAUGAAAGAGGUAUUCUGCAAGCUGUCUGCUUGUAUAUGUUUGUAUAAGCUUCCUUUAUAAAGUGUUUAAUUGGUUUAUGGAUCUGGAAACAAUUAUCAGAAGCAGAGAAUCAGUUUUCUUUUUUUUUUUAGAAGGGGGCAAUCACAUUCUCACUGCAACGUUGCUUUGUGUUUUACAAAUAUAUUACAAGUUAAUAUAGAUGAACGUGCUCUAACUCAUGUUUGGUAUCCGCUAAUAAGAAAAAAGUUUGGAUAUUACUACUUUAUAACAUAUGUACCUUGUAUUAAAACAAUUUGCUGCAACAUGAUUGGAGGAAAACCCUUACUACUAUGCCAGUCAGCGUAUUACUGGUUACUUAGAAUCACUAUAUGGUUCUUUUGGGAUUGUUCUUCAAUUACUUAGGUACAUUCACUAAUAUAAAUGUGAAUUUCUGAACAUAAAGUAAUUGCCAUUCCAACAGAUGGAAUAAUAAGGCAAAAUCAAUUAGUUUCCACAAUAAUUGCCCCACUUUUAGAAUUGUGUCCAAUCUUUUUUAUUUUUUUUUUAGAGAGAUUUACAAAUAUUUGUAAUGUACUCUCAGCAGGGUACCAAAAGACACCUGUUAUAGCAAUGCAAAAAGUUUUUUAAUGGCAAAGUUUUACAUUGUAAUCAAUAAGAUCACGCUUUCAGGAUUUAGUUUAACAACAGAGAAUUUGAAACUGUGUUGAAGAAUAUGAGGCAUUAAUAAAAUUUGAAUUAUGGAGAAUUAGCAGGGAAACUGCACACUUUAAGUCAUAACAGCAGAGUUGGAAAACAUUGGCAAUUUUGUUAUUUUUGCCAAAAAUCAGCAAUUCUAUUUCCACAAACUCAUCAGAGUUACGAUCUCUGAAUGUUACAAUUAUUAUUUUUGAAAAAUGAAAUAUAAAAUGUGUAGUUUAAGAACACUGAUAUUCAUAAUAGUCUGUGCCAACAUUCGAAAAAAAAAAAAAUACCUAUAGUUUCAUUACUCUAUCAUCCCACAAACUCAACUUUUAUCUUUAAAAAACAGUCAGAAGAUACAUGUUACAUAUUACAUAUGUUUAUUUUUGUGUCUACUCUUAAAGGACCACUAUAGUGCCAGGAAAACAUACUCGUUUUCCUGGCACUAUAGUGCCCUGAGGGUGCCCCCACCCUCAGGGUCCCCCUCCCGCCGGGCUCUGGGGAGAGGAAAGGGGUUAAAACUUACCUUUCUCCAGCACCGGGCGGGGAGCUCUCCGCCUCCGAUCCUCCUCCUCUCCUCCCUUUCGCCUGAAUGCGCACGCGCGGCAAGAGCUGUGCGUGCAUUCAGCCGGUCUCAUAGGAAAGCAUUUACAAUGCUUUCCUAUGGACGCUUGCGUGUUCUCACUGUGAUUUUCACAGUGAGAAUCACGCAAGCGCCUCUAGUGGCUGUCAGUGAGACAGCCACUAGAGGAUUUGAGGGCUGGAUUAACCCAUUUAUAAACAUAGCAGUCCUUUAAUCUGAUGUCUCCUGGUGAUCUUUUAUUAUACCUGUAAAAAAAAAAAGCAGACAGCAAUCUCCAGAUCUAAUGGCAAAAUUUAGGGUCAACUGAUUUUGUUGAUAAAUAUCUGAAAUAUCAUAAUUUGUAUGGAAUAAGGACACAGACUUAGUGAAUAUAUCCUUAAGCCGCUCUAGAGGUUUUUACUUUUUAGAAAGUACCAACAUAUUCUACUGCGCUGUACAACAGGCGGAAAACAAAGAAGUAGUUGCAACAAGACAAGAAGGUGUUUAGAGCCCUGCUUAAAUUAGCGUAUUUUCUAAAAAUUGUUCACUAAACAGCAAAGUGUGGUGAUUUGAAAGCCAGAUCUUUUCAUCUUGCCUAUUUUGACUCAUCAUGCCGUGAUUUAGUUUACUCAUUUGAUGUCAGAUUAGAUUGCGUCACUCAUAAGUCAUUCUGAGUACAAUCUUGAAUACAUUAAUAAUUCUCAGCCCACACACAUGUGCCAGACCUAACAAUGUCUGUAGCUGUGUAUAUCAUUGCAGUUCAAAGAAGGAAGGUCGGGUAUGGGGUAUCUGAAUCUUUUUCAAGCUCCCUCUUGAAGCGCAGUGUUUAGGAAUCAUAAUCAUUGAACAAAUCUUAUAGAGAUUGCAAGCUCUUUCGAUGUAUAACACAGCAGGUCUUUUCUGGCUCUCACUGUGGAUGGCGUGAGAAAUCUCAUUCUCCCUGCAUUGUAUCAGAGGUUCAUAAUUUGAUGCAGUGGUUGAAUGUGCCCCCAGUGGCUCUUGUUAGUUGGCGCUCCUCCCCUGACAGAUGUAGCAGUGGAAAUGAUGAGGUGGAGAGCAGAUUUUUUUUCUCUCACAUUACACCAACUCUUGGGACUAAAGAGUAUCAAUUAAAACAGCACCUGAUGUAGAAUGUAAACCUCCCCUUCCCGUCCGCAGGCCACUGCAAUGUGCGUGCUGCACCACAAAUCCAGAGAAGGCAAGUGACAAGGUGAUAUGGCAAGCUCUUUAGUUCCAUAGUAAUCAGUAGGAGUUACGUGCUCAGAAAACAUUGAGAGCAAAAUUAUUAGUGAUACAAGUAACAGCAACAGUCCUUUGGUUUCCAUGGUGAUUGCUCCACAUUUCAAACAUUAUCUUGCAAUUGCUAUUUAAGAAGAAAUAAUCCCCAGCAAUUAUACAGUGCUGCAGAAUUAUUUGGUGCAUGACAAAUAGUAAAUAGGUCUUUAAUGCAGAUAGCAUUGCAAUCCCAUAAUUUGUAAUCUGGUAUUAAAGAUUUUUUUUCUGGUUUUAAUUCAAUUAUAUCAGGAGAUGGUUAGUGAAGAAUAGGUAUUUCGUAGUUGAAUUUUACUACAAAGAAUCCCGGUAGACCUCCUUACCAGUCAGUGUCCUCGGGCAAGACGCUUAAUGAUAUAUAUCCACCUAUCUCAAAUCCUCAUAGAUUGUAAACUCAUUUGAGUAGGGCAUUGUUUAGCUCCAAUAUGCCCUUUCUAUAAUUGGCACUGCAGAAUAUGUUGGCACUAGUUAAGUAAUAAUAAUACAUCAUAAUUUACUGCCUUUACAUUUAGUAUUCUGAUAUUUGUUAUACAGUUUGGAAAAUUAAAGGAAAACUAUGGUGAUUUAUUUUGUUUGAUAAACUAUUCACACGACAAAAUAAAUGCAAUAUAAGCAGCAAUAUAAACAAAACAUUUUGUUAAUCCCUCAAGAGCUCAGGUAAUUGUUUAACUUCAUAACCAAAAAAAAAAUAAAAAAUGAAAUUGUGUUUGAUAUGUGCAUUUUCAAAUGUAAUUGUUCUCUUUCAUACUAAAUGCAGUCACACAUUUUAUAUAACAUUUUAAAAAUACAAAUUUCAAUCAUUUAAUUAGAAACAGGCUGCAACAACAAUGAUGACUUUUUUUUUUUUUUUACAUAUAAUGUUUUAACAAAUAGAGCUUUCUUUUGAUAUCCAUUCAAUGCAAACAUAGAAUUAACUGUUUAGUACAGGUGUGGGGAACCUUCGGCCCUUCAAAUGUUGUGGACUAUAUCUCCCUUGAUGCUUUGCUAGCAUUGUGGCUUCAAGAGCAUUAUGGGAGAUGUAGUCCAAAACAUCUGGAGGGCCAAAGGUUCCCCACCCUUGGUUUAGUAUGAUUAAAAUAUUAAAAAGGUGCAUUUUGAGUAUAACUAGUACAAUUCUUCAGAAUAUGUUAAUUUAUUUGUCAUGAUUUUUAAAUACCUCCCACUUGCCUAGGUUUUUCAUUUAUACAAAUACCUUGUUUUUUUUUGUUUUUUUGUGACAUGUCUUACGAAUAUAUAAAAUAUAUAAUCUUUUUUUUCUGUGAAUAUUUUGCUUCCUAGGUGAAAGAAUUUGGAAUAUACAUUACUUAAUUAUCUAUUAAUUCAAAUAAUUUGUUGACUCUUUUUGUUUUACAACCUUAUAUAUUUCUUUUUUUACAUUCAUUAACUCACUGAUAUUAGCUGGGGACACUGAUGAUGACAUCAUCAAGAUGUACCUGAGUCCUGCACAGUUUAAGAGCUAAGUAUCAGUCAGAGAAACACACCCUUUUCCCCUUAUAUUGUUUGGUUAAACUCUAGCAGAGAUCUGCAACUUCUCUUUGUAUGUCUGAUUGCACACACUGUUAUUAGGCAUUGGUCUCAGUGCCCGGCACACGUGGGGUUACUGGGAGACCCUCUGGUCCCCUGAUAGCCCUCACAUUUUUUAUUUGGACCUGAUGUUUGGCUCAUCAAGCUAGUCAUCACUGGCCAAUAAAUUUAGUCUCUGCUGACACAGGAGUGUCUCAAGGAUUGAUUGAUCCAAAAGUGAACAGCCAGAGGCUGCACGGCAUAGGGUGAAUACUCAGAUAGGUUUAUUGUGGAAUGAAGGACAAAACAGAGAUACAACGUUUCGGCAGUGAGGCCUUAAUCAUAAGUAAAGCCUUAUGGCCGACACUUUGUAUUCCUGUUUUAUUCCACAAUAAAUCUGAGUGUUCACCCUAUGCUGUGCAGCCUUUGGCUCUUCACCUUUGGAUGCAUUUUGGGGGACUUCUACCACAGGGCUCCGGUGCUACUAUAUACCAGUGUGCAACACUUUACUACUUGUAAGGACUGAUUGAUAACUUUUUGGUGUGUGGAGAGAAUUGCAUACUGUAGUGUGAAAGCAGCUGUUAUAAAAAGUUUUAUUACUUACACAAAUCACAAAAAGAAAAGACUCACUAAAUAGCGCUUUUGCAUGACUUUUUUAGUCACAGUACUUCUGUCAUUGACUAACAAUAUACACAAACCUGUUCUUUUGUCCUUAUUUCAUAUGCCAUAGAUCCAAAUGAUAUUUCAAACUGAUUAUAACAGCAAUUUUCCAUUACACCCAAAUACUUUAUUUUGUUCUCUCCUUUCAAGUGCCUGGAAUUGCAAAAGUUAAGGGAUUAUUCUAUAUUUAAAAAUGAUUUAGUAAGUCAAACUGUAACAUGUUUGGUAAAUUAAUCAGGUAUUUGCAAACAAAAUUCAGGCAUUGAAAGAUACGUUUCUGGACUAAAAGUAUAAUUGGUCACCCAGUCAUACUUUUCUCAGAUAUGGGAAUGUACCAUAAUCUGUCGCUGUUAGAUUACUCUACUCUUCAUAAAAAACAUUUAUCAUUGUGGUAGAAACAGUAUAGUUUGGUAGUGAUACCAGUGCUGUUGCUUUAUAGCAUAUAUCAAUGAAAAGAGUCAAAUGUUUCAAUUAUUAUAAGUUAUACCUGGAGUAAUAGGGCUUAAUAUUUCUUUUGAAAGACAGUAUAGUAACAAACCAAUAUAGCAGAAUUCUGUCACAAAAUCAAAAUGUAAAGAGGUAAAUGAAAGAACCCAAAGGGACUGGAACAUAAAUGGCUGUCAAAUUCAUAUUAUGAACACGUCUGCUUCUAGGAAUAUGUUAUUACAUGUUAUCUGCUGGUUAGAGGCCCGCGGUGAAUAGAUCACAGACCCUAUAAUUGUCAGACAUAAUUAAGUCACAGGCUUACCCAUUCACAUAUUGUUCUUGCAUCAUAUCCACUCACCUAUCUGCUGGAGACUGCUCAUUCGUUAAACAGACAUAAGACAUAACACCUUGUUUAAUGUAAUGUGUCACGCCACAGAAUGUUAUUGUCUGUGAAACAGAAACACUAACAGAAAGGAAUGAAAUAUAUAUUUUUACAUGAUGGGACAAAAAAAUAAGUAAAAUCCAUUAAAAGAAAAUAGUUAUAAAAUGACCCGUUUAGCUUUUAUAUCAGUGGAUAAUGAUCUUGGGCAAAGAGUUGAUCAUUAUAGCGAUUAUUAAAUCUGAUUAGAUCUGAUUUGAUCAUUAUAGCGAUUAUUAAAUGUAAACAGUAAUAAUCUAUCACACCAAAGAUAUAUUGUAGAUAGUUUUUUUUUAGUUAAAUGUGUUUAUGAAACACCAACACUACGCUCUGCUUUAUUAAUAACCCUAUUUCAUUUUGUAUAAUGAAGGCAAGUUCCUAAGUCAGCUGUGUUUUCAGUUAAGGUAUUUUGGGCUACAAUUUGAAAAUCAGUUUGAAUUUUUGAGAAUUAAACCACCCUGCAAAUCUCUUCUGACUUUAUACCCCACUUUCUGUAAUCUUAUUUGAACAAUGUUAUUCAAUUGCUUUUUUUCUGUUCACCUUAAAGUAACACUAGUUGCAGCACUGACAUUCUGCAUCUCCAAGCUCUAAACAUUCUCCAUAGAGAUGUAUUAAGUAAAUACAUCUCUAUGAGGAGAUGCUGAUUGGCACAGGGUGGCAUUUUCCUGCGCAUGCGCAUAUAGCCUCCCAACGCUUUCUUAUGGUAAUGUAUUGGAUUGGCUGAGAUCAUCAAAUUUGAUGAUCUCUGUCAAGGGGGAGAAGCGUGGAUGGAGCAGGCUGUGACAGACCUGCGCCGCGCUGGAAAAAGGUGAGUAAACUCACCUUUUUAACCGGAUGUAAGUGGGGCCAGAACCUAAACUGCUAUUUUAGAAUUAUAAAGUCAGGAAUACACAUUCCAAGACAAAACUGUAUUCCUAACGCUACAGUGCCCCUUCCCUACUCCUUUCUAGGUCCCAACCAGAUAGCAAUUGAAAUUUAAUAAAUAAAAGAUUUACUUACCUGUUUCCAGCACUGAAGCUCUCUUGGUGCUGGUUAGCUCACUUCUUGAAGCGACGUCACAUGCCUCCUCCAUGAUGGUCCAAUCCAAUGCUCCUCACAUGUAUUCAAUAUUGCCCAUAUAUUGUAUAUAUUCAAUCAAUACUUUCUUUGGGGGGUUCCGCAUCAUGUGAUAGAGUUUUACUCUGUCAAUGUAGAGGAGGUGAUUCUAGUGGCUGUCAGUUUCAUAGCCACUAGAGGUGGACUUGACCCAGCAAUGUAAACAAUGCAGUUUCUCAAAAACCAUAAUGUUUUACAUUGCAGGGUUAAGAGGACAGGGACACUGCAGCUGGACCAAUUCAUUGAUAUAUAGUGUUAACGUUUGUUUUGUUUUAUAUAUAAAAAGUGGUUGUUGCUCUAUAAACAAUAGUAAUAAAAGUAAUAUGGGUGUUUAUUUUUCAAAAGCUUUGGACUGCUCUCCCAAACUACUGAUGUAAGAGACUGCUGGUGUUUUAAACUGUGGGGCAGGGUAACUGAUUUUUUGAUUGAACGAUUUAUCUACCUUUACAGCUUGAACAGGCAGAUUUCUAUAUACAAUGUAUUGUACAGUAUAAAACACAUUAAGAUCUCAUUAGCAUUUUGAAAAAAUAUUUUUUUCUUUAAGUAAAACCCAUACUUUGUCCAAGAGUUAGUGAAGUCAAAGCUGCAGCACAGAUAUAAACUUAUUUACUUUAACAAAGUACAUAUUAGCACAUAUUUUGCUGCUAAGUAUUUUAAUGGUCACUAAUGUAAGGCGCAGUACAUGAGUUAUUACUGUAAGCAGGGAUAUUCGAGGAACGCUAGCAGGCAGGGCAAAGGUCAAUCCUCAAGUCUGGCCAAGUAUCAUGGGUGUUGUAGUCCUGCAACAGCUGUCAAUGUACCUUUUGGCAGCCUUUCUGACAGAAUAUCAGGGAAAACAUCUUCCCUUUUUCACAAUGCUGGAUUAAAAUCAAAACAUUAGUUCCAUCUAUGUGUGUAACACUCCCAACCCAAACUGGUGAAAGAGACAAAGUAAUGGGGUAAAACAUGUAUUAUUGGGAUACAUACAGGUCUCAUAGCAUUCCAUGAGAAAACUGUGCAACUAGUCACAUGAAGUCUCAUUUAUGCAAUAAAUGCUAUUACCUUGUGCAAGUAGCUAAUUUCAUAUUUUGUUGUAUGAAUGUAGCCAUGCACGGGCAAACAGUCCUGUUCCUAACAACUAAUACAAAAAAACACAUGCUGAGAACAUAUCUUUUUAAUCCCUCAUGUGUGAUUACUAACAACUUCAAGUUUAAGGUGCACUCUAGCCCACUUUAGUGGAUAUGAUGCCAGCAUUCCUUUUGCACCAUUUUCUGGUUUUAUGUCAAAUCAUUUGGUCCACUGGUUGACUAACAACAUCCAUUUUAUCCAACUUUGAAUGACAUUCAUUGCCUGAGCAUGUCAGUGAACACCCUUGGGACUGUUGCUUUGUGUAAAAUUGAUUGAAAAAGCAUACACAAUCAUUUUUUAAAUUAAUAAAUUGUUUGCUAUAUAAUUAGAUUUUAAUAGCUGUAAAAAACACAACCCUUAAUAUUAUGUAUUGUACAGUUAUCUGUCUGCCUAAAUCCGAAUCCUCUUGUUAGGGUGAAUGGCAUGUACCUCUGCCCACAAAUGAUGAUUCCAUGAUUACUUUUAAUGUGCACUCCCAUCCUACAUUCCCUGUAGGUAUAGAGAGGGUGGCUUAUGCAUUAUUAAAUAAUCAGUGUCUCAAGUUAACAUGUACAAUACCAGGAUAGUCCAUUCAAAGCAGUGCAGAGGUGCCUGUUAUUUUCAUACUCUGAAUAGAGAAAGCUCUGUAAAGAUGGUGACACUGCCAGCACUGAGUUUACCCACACAUUUUGUAUAACCCUAGAUAGGGGUUUAAAUGGUUGAGAGGAUCCUAAGAAAACGGUAACAUUCCAGCUGACAAUGGUCUAGCAAGCUGAGAGAGAUGGGAGUAGUAAUCCAAAAUACAUAUUUACAUGUGUACAUUUAACAGACAAAUUUGAAUUUGUGCAAUGGCAUUUGUUCAUGCCUGCUUCAGAUUUCACACAGUUGUGUUUUGAGUGUGUAUGGUAUUGUUGGCCAUAGUGUUGUAAUUCAUGUAGAUCAGGGGUGUCUAAAAGGUAGAUCCCCAGAUGUUUUUUAAAACUACAUCUUUCAUGAUGCUUUUUCAUUCUAAAGGCAUUCUAGAUCCACGCAAAGCAUCAUGGGAGUUGUAGUCCUACAACAUCUGGGGAUCUAGCUAUUGGACCCCCUGAUGUAGAUAUUUUAAUGUAGCUUGAGGGUAACACUUGAGAUCGAUUCUAGUAGGAGCUCUGUGAAAAUUCAUCAAUUUAGAACUUGGCUGCACGUCUUGCAGGAAUGGCCAGAAGUUAAGUUUCAUAACCAGACACAGGGCUAGGUCUAGGCUAAAUGGCCCAACGCCCGGCAUGAAAAUUGGACUUGGCACUCUUCCUUUUCCCUUCCUCAAGAAAUAUGAGUAACGCCAUUAUAAAGCAUAAUAUGGCCUUUAUCAGUACAAACUCGUUAUCUUCAUACAACACAUCAUGCUUACCAUAGGAUUAGAUUAUUAUGUAAGCUAGUUUCAUAUGGUUGGUGGGGGUGGGAGUUUCACAUCAUAUACUUAUAUAUAUGAUGCAGAUUUCAUAUACAUAAUAAUUUAAACAGAACCAUGAUGCAAAACUAAGCCAGACACGGCACAUUUAGAAACAGUGGUUUGUCAUGAGUAAGGGGAGUUCAGUUUGAUGAUAUUGCUUGUAAACAGAAGCUGUGCUUCAAUGAUCUGUCACCAUGUGUCUCCUAAGGGACCUUUAUUUGGCCUCUAUAGAAUUUCUCCUAUAAUUACAGACCUGCUUGGAAACUACCCAAAAUCCCUGUGUGCAAAUUGAUACUAACUCUUACUGCCUGGAUAUGGGCACAAUCUGCACUUAGUAUCUCUACAGCCGAUCCUUGAUGCAAUUCGAAGUAGUCAAUUUCCACUGGUACAUUAUGUUUAUGCAAAUCUGUAAUGCUAAUUAAAAUGAAGAAUUUUAAGGUUCAAAAUGUAAUAUUAAUAUAUUCAUAUAUAUUCAUACUUCAGAAACAAACAUACAAUCAGUAACACAUUAGGACAGAUUGCUUACAAUUUUUUUAAAUUGUGUAACUGACUGAAGUUACCCUGAUUAUAAUCUAGAAUCUUCUACUCCCAUUCAUGCAACAGCUUCUCCGCAGAGCUUCUAGGUGGUUUAACUAAAUAAGAUGCUACACUUGUUAUGUUAAACAUAUGUUAUGCGUGGUGCCGAAGUUUACCACUUCUGCUUUAGGCUAUAUUUACUUUUCCUUACAGUGUGCAUUUUUUAGUAUACUGAUUUGCUAUGUUUUCUUUGUCCUCAAAUAGAUGCGAUAUCUCUAUUUUUCCCUUCUAGAUAAGGUGUGGCCCAAAGGUAGAUCUGUAGAUGUUCUAUAACUGCAUUUGUCAUGAUGCCUUGCCUUACUAAAUGCUGGUUAAACAUCAUAAUAUGUCUGUAAAAAACUUUUGAGGAUCUAUGGUCCCCCUCUCCCCGUGUGCUUUGGCUCUCUGGUUCUGGAUUUUAACUGUUUCUGUUGGAUCAAUAGAUUGCCCUCUAAUUAACCUGGCCAAUUUCACCCUAUUUGCCAAUUUGUGCCUGUCACAGUGCUUUACACCCACUGUUCUUUAAAAAAAAAAAAAAAGAAUGAAAGAAAUCCCCAGGCAUUUGUGUAAAUGCUGGCCCUUAACUUUGUGAAAGAGUAAAUUCACCAAGCAUUGUCCUUCACUGAGGGCCCGACAUGUGGACAUACUGUGGUAGAGACAAAUAUGGUUAUUUCUUGAUUACAUCAGAAGUUCUUUAAGCGCAGGAUGGUAUAGAGGUUGCUCUUAGAAAGACAUAUUGGUGAUUCAUAAAUUUAUGAACAUUGAGACAUAUCAAGAACACUUCUUGGCAUGUAUCUGGCUUAAUUUGUACUUUAAAACAUCAUGAUUAUGAAUGGCAAAUUUCAUACAACACGGAUGACACCAGUUGUAGUGUUUAUGUUGCCUAGACUGUCCCUUUACGGAUAAGGAAGAAAAAUUUGUGAUAGCUGGGCUUUGUGGAGCACAAUGCCAGCUCAGGUUCUUAAACGCCUGCAUGGCUCAUCUUUGGUUCAAAGUCAGUGAAGGAAAUCUGCAGAGGUUUACCACGACCCUGUAAUUUGUGGAGAUUACAUGCAAGUUCUGCCUGUAUCUCUAUUUUUAAAUAGAUUAACUUUGUUCUAUGCUAUACAAGUCUUAUACAAGUUGAAAAUACUACAACACGUCCCCAAAACAUUCAGUAAGCUAAACAUAAAUUGUCUUCAAGUCAAAUGUGUAACUGCUUAAUCAGCUCCUAACCUCACUUAUCCUUGUUGAAUUGCUUUUACUAGAGUGACCAUUUCCAGUAAAACCAUAGCUGAUUUGGGUCUGAAAUACUAAUUAAUUUAGCAUUCACUUAUGCAACUGUGAUACUUUUAUUGACAUGUGAUGUUAACGAUGACUCUCUCUCUUCUCUCCCUCAUCACUCUCUUCUUUAUAUAUUUCUUCUGUGUCCACCUACCUGCUUCGCCUGCUACUUUGUUAAUUUCAACCACUCUAAUAUGAACUAUUUUCUGAUUUUUAAAUUUCUUUCAUCUUCAUUCACCCACUACUCAUCUUCUGUCUGUCAUUUCCAUCCGCCACUUACUUCUUCUUCAACUUCUUUGUUCUCUUUUCAUCCCAUUUGUUCCAUAUUCUUUCUUGCGUACUAUUUGUUUAAUUCUUUUUCUUUUCUCUCUCUUCCCAUUGAUUGUAUCACAUACUAUGUACUCUAUUCCUCUCUUUCCUUGCCACUCCUUUCUCUUGUCCUCUAGUUCCAAUACCAUCAAAGAAUAACAGCAGCAUGAUGUCUUCUUUAUCUAUGAAUAAAGAAAGUCUUAUCGGUGGAGUGACCAAUCCAAAUGAGGUUUUCUGUUCUGUCCCCGGUCGAUUGUCGCUUCUAAGUUCAACUUCCAAAUACAAGGUGACGGUGGGAGAGGUUCAGAGGCGUCUGUCACCACCAGAGUGUCUCAAUGCAUCCCUGCUUGGAGGUGUUUUAAGGAGGUCAGUGGCUGGAGACAGCACUAGAUUUUAUUGCAUUUCUCUAUAUGCUUCUUUAAAGAUUUAAUGGAAUGGGGUGAUCAUACAAUACAUGAAUUCGAAUGGGCCAUUGUUUUUGAAAAUGCAUAUAAAAGAGUUGAAUUACAAGCAAUGACUUCCUGUGGGAUUCAAGUUAUAAUUCAGUUUAACAGGAUUGUUUGUGUUAUGAAAGUGUUUUUGGAUGUUAUACACAUAUGCGACAGAGCAAUCUGUUUUUAGCUCAGGAUCAGCGUUUAAAUGAUGGUGAUAGAUGAGAUAUUCAGUGGUCAGAGGUAAAUGAUGGAGUCAACCAAUGUCAUUCUUCAAAAGAUAUGUCUCCUGCCUUCCUAAGCUAUAGAAGUAAGGGGACAGUUCUAGGCAUGAAAAACUAUUCUUACAGCAAAAAGGUCCGAGUCACAUGCUACCCACAAAUAUGAAUGGGUGGUAAAGGUGAGAGGUACCUGCUUGAAAUUCCCAGCUAUGAAUUGGGUGGUAAAGGUGAGAGGUACCUGCUUGAAAAGACCGGUUUAACUAAGGUACCAACUUUCAAAGUUCUGUAAUCCCAGUCAAAACUGGUAAAUUCUUUGCUCUAAACAUUUUAUCAGAUUAUCAACAAGCUAUCACCCUACAUAUUAUAACUCCCCUAUUCUGUUUUGCAAUAAACAAACAAAAAUAAAUAAAUCUCUCUAUCUACUUAAUGACACAAAGCAACCUCUCAGGGCAGAGAAUUCCACAUCUUUACAAUUAUUACUGUAACUGGCCCUUUCCACUGCUGUCAAAUUGCAGUAUUUUAGUCUUAACACAAACCUUUCUCAUGAAAUAAUAAACUCUUAUGUGAACCGGAUUUAUAUCAAAACUCAUUGUGUGAUUCUCCUCAGUUACUAUAGCAACAUUGCAAACAAAAACUAACAGUGAUUCCUCCAAAGAUGAAAACUUUAAAACUUUGGCCAAGUACAAUUUCAUUUUAUGAUAAACAUGUCUCAAUGACUAGAGCUGAGUCCUGUGUUUUGUAUAUUUUUUGCAUUCUGAUAUUUAGACAAAAAAAAAGAAUAUUGCCUAUUUGGAUUGUUAUUAUUUAGAUUUACAGCAGUUUUUCUCAGUUAUAUAUAUAAUUAAUAUAUGUCCUGGAAGCAAGUUUGUGUGUAUAUAGGGAGGGCAUUGCUGUAACUGCUUACCUCUCCUCUACUCCCCCAAACUAAGUAAUGGAUAAUAAAUAAACAUAAUACAAGUGAUAAAACCUAUAUACAAUAGUGGAGCGCUUAAAAUGUGAACAUACAGUGCUGCUUAUCCAUGUAUCAUGGGUGGAAACAGGGAUAUACAUGAUGCCCUUGAUACAAGGGUAAGCAACACUGCGUGUUCACACUUUAAGUUCUCCACUUAUUACACACACACAUAUAUAAAUAUAUAUAUAUAAUAAUCUUUAUUUUCAUGUUGACAAUUUCCUUUUAACAGGCAAGUCCUUUCUAUGGUCAGAGUAUUGCUAAAACAGGGAUAUUUAAAAAUAUAUAUAGAAUAAUGUCUCUAUGAAGUUAACACAUCAUCUAAACAGUUUUGCAUGCAGCCAUACACCACUGGCAGAUCACCAGCUGUUGUUGAACGUCAACUCACAUGUUAUUUUUUCUGUGCUCAUCAAAAGUCUGGUCAACAUUGAUUAUAUUUUCUGGGAUAGACUAGCUGGCUUGAAGAAUUAUUUGAACAGAACGUUAAACGUUGGCAUCACUGCCUUCGCUCAAGACAUAUAUACAGUGAUUUUCUCUCUUUUCAUUUUCCGGAGACUUACAACUAGCCUAAGAAAAAUGUCACUGGCUCACAUUGCUCAUAAAUAUAAUCCUUGUUUCUUCCAGAGCAAAGUCAAAGAAUGGUGGCCGCUGUCUUCGAGAGAGGUUGGAAAAGAUAGGACUGAACUUGCCAGCAGGGAGGCGCAAGGCGGCCAAUGUGACUUUAUUGACAUCACUAGUGGAAGGUGAGAGGCAUUCAAGGUGAACAUGACAUAUGUUUGUGCAAUAAAGUGGUACUUCCCUGUCAAGCUGUAUUGUAAGAUGGGAUAUGGAGUCAAAACAGAUCUAUUGGAGUGUUCCGUGCUGAGCAUUAUAGGAUAAUGUGUGGCAGGCUUAAUCUACAAGCCAUUUCUUUGUGGCCCUCUUUCAAGAGCAGGAUAUGAAAACUGUUCUGUUUUUUUUCCUCCGGAGUCACUUAAACAACAGUGGUUUUUAGUACAAAUAGAGAAUGCUCUCCCCCUUCAUUUGGCAUUUAUGCAAAUGACGGUGCCUUGGGCUAAUGUGCAGAACUGGUUUUAAUCAUGUGUUUCUCUUGCUUUGUGAGAAAGAAACAAAGAAAAAUUGAGUAAAUUGUACGCAUAAUAACAGAGAUAAAAUGGACCUGCAAAAAUACAUGUUAUAUCCUAACUAUAAGUUAAACAUGUUUAUUGCCUUAUUGUGUAGGACAUUUCCUGCAGAGAUAGAUUAGUUUUAGAUUGGUGGAGACAACUCAACUAAUAUCAUGUAACCCUCCAUCUUUGCCGAGUGAAUUUUACACAAAAGUUACUCGACCAAUAUUUGUUUCUUAGGAAUUUAUAACGGAAACACAGCUCCCCUCUAAUUGUCUUUGUAUAGAAAAAUACCUGUAACACACUUUCCUCCAGAUGCAUCACCUUGAAAAAAAAUAACGUUAUAAAGGGAUACUAUAGGCAUUAAAACAACUUUAGCUUAAAGGACCACUAUAGUGCCAGGAAAACAUACUCGUUUUCCUGGCACUAUAGUGCCCUGAGGGUGCCCCCACCCUCAGGGUCCCCCUCCCGCCCGGCUCUGGAAGGGGAAAGGGGUAAAAACUUACCUUUUUCCAGCGCUGGGCGGAGAGCUCUCCUCCUCCUCUCCGCCUCCGUUACGCCCCGCCGGCUGAAUGCGCACGCGCGGCAAGAGCUGCGCGCGCAUUCAGCCGGUCUCAUAGGAAAGCAUUUACAAUGCUUUCCUAUGGACGCUGGCGUGCUCUCACUGUGAAAAAUCACAGUGAGAAGCACGCAAGCGCCUCUAGUGGCUGUCAAUGAGACAGCCACUAGAGGAUUAGGGGGAAGGCUUAACCCAUUCAUAAUUAUAGCAGUUUCUCUGAAACUGCUAUAAUUAUGAAAAAAUGGGUUAACCCUAGCUGGACCUGGCACCCAGACCACUUCAUUAAGCUGAAGUGGUCUGAGUGCCUAGAGUGGUCCUUUAAUGAAGCAGUUUUUGUGGAUAGAUUUCUCCCUUCGGUUUCACUGCUAAUUGUCUGCCAUUUAGACGUUAAAUCAUUUUUGUAUCUGUCCAUGCUACCCUAGCUACACCUACCCUCUGUGUUACUGACACAGCCUGCAUGAAAAAAUGGUUUCAUUUUCAAUCAGAAGUUAACUCACUUUAGAAUUUUUUAACUCCUGCUCUCUUUACAGGAAGUGUUUUGGAAGGGUGAGUAAGUCACGUACAGGGAGGUGUGACUGGGGCUGCAUAAACAAAGUAAAUUAACUCCUAAAUGGCAGGGAAUUGAGCAGUGAGACUGCAGGGGCAUGAUCUAUACACCAAAACCACUUCAUUAAGCUAAAGUUUUUUUGAGCCUAUAAGUGAAUAAAUAAAAUAGCCAUGAAUAGAGGGGUAGAUGGAAUGUCAGUACUUGCAAUUGUAGUAUGUGGCUGCUGAAACUUCCCAAAAACCAGAGUCUCAUCUUUUCUGGUGGUACGAUGGAUGUAGAUAGUAGGAUCAGCGCCUAUGAAGGAAUUCCCACACUCAGAGCGAUAUGGAGGAGGGAAGGAAAAAGACAUGGAUAUAGUGUAGUAUGUUGAGAUCUUACAAUUUUCUGGAGCCUAUACUCAGCUCCAGAUAUGUGCACCUGGACGGUACAAUCCCCGCCUAUGGAUAUGUAGAUGGUCCUUGGAUGUCCUCAAAAGGGGGUCUCCAGUGGUAGUAGGGUAUAUCUCCUUUCCAAUGGCAUUAGGCCAGUAUUCAGAUAGUUGGUGAUAUAUACAAAAAGGAUAAAAACACAAAAUAGUUCUCUCUGGAUAAAACAAAAUAAAAUUAUAAAAAAUGGAGGUAUACUCACAAGUGAAGAGCAAAUAGGAUAUUGCUCAAUAUAUGUAGACAUAGGUGGUAUAAUCCCCACCAAGGAUAUCACUCCUCGAGUCCUUCAGUGGGGCUGUUGGAGAGUGGAAGGAAUUAUAUUAUUUAAAAAAUAAAAUAAAAUAGAAUAAAAGGAUAGGCUUAGAGGCUCCAAUAGCAUAAAUGGGCUAUCUUUAUUGGAGAUAAAAAAAAUCGGUAACAUAAGACAGCUUUAAAAAACACUAACGCGUUUCUUUGCAGGAGAAACGCGUUAGUGUUUUUUAAAGCUGUUUAAUGUUACUGAUUUUUUUUAUCUCCAAUAAAGAUAGCCCACAUAAGAUCUCAACAUACUAUACUAUAUCCGUGUCUUUUUCCUUCCCGCCUCCAUAUCGCUCUGAGCUUGGGAAUCCCUUUAUUGGCACUGCUCCCUGAUCCUACUAUCUACAAAUAAAAUAAACAUGUUUGCCAUAAUGGUGUAACAAAGAAAUGAGAAAUAAGUGAUAUAGAUUUUUUUUGUAUUAAUUGUAUCUACUUUUACCUGUCUCUUUAAUGUGUAUUACUCAAUCAUAUGAUGUGUAAGGAUAAAAUCACCAAUGGAGAGCAGCCAUGACUGAGAGCAGCCAUUACAUUUUGUAAUAUGUUUUAUAAGCUAGAUCCCUAACAGGCCUGAAAUAUCUGAUUUUAGCACUGUUUCAUUGUAAGCCCAGAGACUCUAUUUGCAGAUUUUCCAUUAAUCCUUUCUACUGGUUCUCUCAUUUAUGUAAUUACAAAUUACAUAAUCCUUAUACAAGAUGCAGUAGACCAGAACUCCUCUAAUUCUGUGCUAGCCAUAGGCUUGCAGAGCAUCAUCGGAGUCAUAGUUCAUUAACAUAGGCCUCAAUGUAAUAUUUUUGGAUUAGCAUUUCAAAUGAUUUAAUGUUUUUGAGUAAACCUUUAAAACAAUAUUUCAAAAUAUUAACAUAUAAAAAAAAGUCCAUCAUAUAUAUAAUUAUAUAUUAAUAUAAAAAAUAAAGUAUUAAAAUAUUUUACAAAUAUUAAAUAAUUUAAAAUACUAUAUUCAGAAUGGUAGCACUCCAGGGACUUGUUAUUAGGAUAAAAAUAUAACUUUUAUGUAACGCAAAUAAAAACAGAUGUUUCAGUUUAAGUAUAACAUUUUCAUCGGAAGUAUUUCCGUUAGAAAACAAUCAGUCAGAAUAUAUAAGAGUUAAAUUUAUAAAAAAUUAUUAAAAAGGUUAAAAUAGCAUAGUUUGUUAAUUUAUAUGUAGAUUUUGCAGUGAUCUAUAACUUUAUAUUUUAAUAAAACACAAUUAGGCCAUCUUUUUUCAUUAGUAUACUUUACCAUUUAGUGAUAUGCUGUGUUCAGUUCUUGGUUAUGUAGUUGAAGAGGCGUGAAAUUUGUGGCACAGAUCUUCUGUGCUAUGUAUCCUGAGUCUGUGUUAGUGAGGUUACACGUCAUUACAUGUCUCAGUCUCUCCUAGACUGCACUGACACAUGGUUGAGAUAUGUACCUCUCUUUUUUUGUUUGAUAAUUUUUUAUUGUGAUUUUCCACACAAAAGUGCAAUCAUAUAUGUUUUUUAGAUACAGUAUCAUGUUCUCUGUGCAAAUGAUAUAGUUUACAUCUCACUGGCCUAGAAGUCAUAUAUAUAUAUAUAACAAGUAACAUAAGACCACAAGUGUUCCUGGAUAGACAUCAGAGCUCCCCAAACCCCCUCAAAGAAAAUCCAUUACUAUUACUCACUACCAUCUUCAGCUUUACCCUUAAUAAAAUGUUGCCAUUUCUUAAGAAUAUUUCCCACACAUUUGGCUCUAACACUUGUCCAGUUUAACCCCUUAAGGACACAACUUCUGGAAUAACAAGGAAUCAUGGCGGAAUAUUUCCGUCAUGUGUCCUUAAGGGGUUAAACCUUGUCCCAUGUUGCAUUGAAACAAUAUUUGUUCUCUUAAUUACGGCCACUGAAUCAGAGCUGGUGUACCCCAGUUUCUAGCUAUUAAUAACUUAGCGGCUACAAAAAAGUGAAAUAUCAAAAAUGAUAGUUUUUUAUUUAAUUGUGGCCAUUUCAAAUGUAAUAGAACAAUUUCAGGCUUAUUACUUCUCUUUUUCGUGUAUAUGCCGAAGCUCCACACUAGUAGAGACUUAGGGUCUGUAGGUAUUAUAUAAUUUCUCUAUCUCUGCUAGAAGGAAUUUCAGUGGAGGCAGAAUCCAUGUUCUCUACACCCCUCUUAUUGUCUAGGCUAGUAGAGACUGAAAGUGCAUGGACAUGCUAUUAUAUGAUGACAACCAAAUGCCCACCGUUUAUUUUACAGCAUAUCAAAAUGUGUGUGCACAAGGGGCACAGAUGGCUCUCUCCCUUCCACCGAACAUGCAGGUGCAGUUGCAGAUGUUGCAAAACCUCCUGGUUGCUUUCGAUUUAGAGUCCAGUUUCAACUGCACCUUCUGUUAUUUAUAAAGAUGUAUCCUCUUUUCCAUUAUUAUGAGGAAGAAAAGAAAAGCUUUAGACUUCAAAUAACAUUGAGUAAUAAAAUUGCUGUUUUUGUGAGUGAAGCUUGAUCCCCAUGUUUAAGUAAUGAUUUCUUUAGUUCCUAAAAUGAGAGCAUGUUUUGCUAAGAAAUGUCUAAUCUGGUGAGCAAUUCAGAAUCACAGUGUGAGGAUAAUCAAAUUUAGCUUUUAUUCAGCUUAUACUGAUAAAGUUGUUUUCAUUUUCAUAUAUUUUGUAUUUUUGUUUUUUCUUAAGGUGAGGCAGUUCAUCUCGCUCGUGAUUUUGGCUAUGUUUGUGAGACAGAGUUCCCAGCUAAAGCUGCAGCCGAAUAUCUCUGCCGUCAGCACCCCGACCCCACCGAGCUCCACACACGGAAAAACAUGUUGCUUGCUACCAAGUAAGUUUGAGGGGCUUGACUUAUGCAGUAUAUUUAUUGGUAAAGGGAAACUCUAAUCACCAAAACCACUAAAUCUUAAUGGAGUGGUUUUUGUACACAGAUCUUGUCCCUGCAGUCUGACAAAAUGGAAGCAUUGUCAUUUGUGAAAAACAGCAAUGUUUACAUUCACACUAAGGAUACCUCUAGAGUUGGUCAAUCAGACAGCUACUAGAGGCACGUUCUCUUGAAUACGUGAAAUAUCUGAAUGUCUUCAGAUGUGGUGUUGCGAUGCUUCUCAUACAGAAUCAUUAAAUUUAAUAUUUGAGUAUGAGAAACAUCCGAUUGGCUGAGUGCAGUGAUUGUUAAACAUGCCCAGUAGUUUAUUAAAGAUGCUUAAUGAGCAUUAUACUACAGGGCCGUUGAAUGCUUGAAUCUGAUUGGUUGACGAAUGUUCUAAGGUGUGCAUUAUUUUCAGGGAGACACAUGGCUAAAGUAGUUCCAGACAGGUCUUGACUGCCUUACAGUUCCAUAUCACUUCGCGUAGUCAACUGUAAUAACGGAAACCAGGUUACAAUUCAUAACAUUAUUGAAUAUACAGAAAUAGAUAGUCCUGCUGCACGGGUUUUCGUUACAUCCUACUGUCAAUAAUAGAAAAAUAAAAUUAACAAAUGAAUUAAAACUAAUGAAUUAAUAAAUAAAUUAAAUAUUGACGCAGAUGCUUUUCUGUCUCAUUAUUGCAACCUCUCUCUGUCUCUCUAAUAACUGCACUAAUAACUGCAUUAGUCUGCUAUCAGUCGCUCAAAUCUGUGUUACUAACUCUUAAAUGACGUUUUGGAAUUAGCAACGAAGGCAUGGGAAUUGAUGCGUAAGAAAUUAGUCCUACAUACAAGAGCGUUUUAAUGACAAAAACUUGACAAACGUCUUGAAAUUCAUCAUCUGAACAAUGUUUCGAGGUGUGGUAACUGUAGUAUAAGCGGAAUAAUUGACUCCAGGCCGUUGCAUUAUUUUCUAAUAAUUCAACGGCCUGUCAUCAAUGAUUCCUUACAUAUUGGAUCGGACCUAAGAUGAACGAAUAGAUUACCUCAUCAAGCGAGUAGCAACUGCCUAACAGACAAACCUGCAUUGAAUUACUGGUGUUUUCAACCGUAAUUUUUUGUUUGUUUUAAAAUGGGGGACACGUGUGCAAGUAUGGAACAUUCUAAUAUUAAUAAUAAAUAUGCUUGCUUUUAAUGUUAUAGUGUCUUAAAUUAGCCUUUAAGAUGAAAUAAUCUGCCUUCAUGUACUUUGAAUCCUUCCUACAAGAAUUGAUUUGGCCCUAAAACAUUCUCAUGGUUUCUGAGGCAAAUAAUAAUUGACACCACCAACCAUUGCUUACACUGUAUCAGACAUAAUUAUUUAAAUUUUUUAAACUGGACAGGUUAAAUACUGUGAUAACUAUAAGGUCACUGUACAUUUCUCUGUGUAUAUGCUUUCUAAGAUAAAGAGGUUAAAUAGCUGAGUAAUUAUGAAAUAACCGCAAAUGUCUCCAGUUUUAUGAUCUCAGUCUUUGAACUUAGCAAGUUCGGGGCUGCGCGGUGGGACAUAUAGCCAGCAAUAGGAAGUAACUGAUUUAUUUUAAGAUUAGAGGUUUGAGUACUUAGUCUUAUCUCCUUUUUCUGAUGCCUGAGCGCUUGCUUGCGCUCCUUACAACAUGGAAAGUUGUACAGCUGAAAACAAUGACUUCCAGAUUAUAAAAUUACAGCACAUAUUAUGGAGAAACCAUGGAACAUACACUGAUAGAUCUGAUCAUGACCUUUACUGACUGAGUCAAAAACUCAGAAUCAGGUGAUACUCAACUCAGUAGCUAUAUGUACCCGAUGAUUAACUUCGUAAGUCAUACUUUAAGUGAGCGUACAUAUAUAUUACAAUGCAUUGUAAGAGUAAAUUGAAAAAAGCUCUUGUGUGAGCCGUAAUUUAGCUGUUUGUGUUACUGCUAUACGCUAAAUAAAACAGAGUGUGCCAGAUCAUUCUUUUUUUUAAAUGUAUUACUGGUUUGGUGAUACUAGAUGCCUAUGUAGCACCCCACUUAAGUAGUUGCUUGUCUAUUCUUCAUUGUGUUUGGUAAAAGACACACUCUAUAACAGUAUGUUCAGAUGUAAAUAAUUGGGUACCUACUGUAAAUAGGAAUUGUGUGCCACCACACCAUCACAGAAUUUAUGAUAUAGAAUAGGAACUCUUUUAUACAAAUUUUUAAAUUUUGUAGGUGUCAAUGUAUAACUGGCAACAGAUUAGCUCAGGCCUGAACCUCCCUAUCAUCAGAGCAAAAAUAUUGUCUAAGUGAAUUUAUGUUACCACUCAUCAACAACAGAACAUUCUGUAGCUUGAACUUGGCCUCCUCUAUUUGAUAUUGCACGUCUACUUUGCAUCUUUAUCAUAGAAUAUUCAGUUGUUGAACAUUUUCACUUCUAAAAAUCAUCGUUUUGUAUAUUAAUUAGUAUAAUUAUCAUCUCUUCUAGGCAGAUUUGCAAAGAGUUUGCUGAUUUACUGGCCCAGGAUCGAUCACCACUAGGAAACAGUCGUCCAUCACUUAUCCUGGAGCCUGGUGUACAGAGCUGCUUGACCCAUUUCAGCCUAAUCACACAUGGAUUUGGAGGCCCAGCCAUAUGUGCAGCUCUCACUGCUUUCCAGAACUACCUAUUGGAGUCUCUCAAAGGGAUGGACAAGAUCUUCAUGAACAGUACAGGAAAUGGACACUCGGGUGGAGAAGCAAAAUCUUCCGAAAAGGACAUCAAGCAUCGGAAAUAACCCCCAAUGUAGGGGAUUGAGGGAGCUGGGUAGCAAAAAACAAUAACAAGGAGAUAGGAUCCCUGGGAUUGCCUGACAGUGGUGUUGGUCAGUGAGCAUGAAUGAAAAUAUAAAACACAUCUGCUUUCAGUAAUGGAGCAUGUUAACACAGCCUGAGGGUUGAGAUGGAAGACUGACAAAGAGAAAAAAAGAAAAAAAGGAUUACAUUGUGGCUGAUUGCAGAAGAUUGAAAAACGGGCACUUUGUUGAGCUCCAAUAUUCUGUAUGUGACUAGUGACUCCUAGCAGUUGGCAAGACACUCAUCAUACAACAGACUGUCACAGAAAUUCCAUGGAACUCAUGUCAAUGUUUGCAUGGUACAUUGAAUACAUCUCAACACAUUAUACCCCAGAGAGAACAAAAAUGCGAAAAGCAAUAUAUAUAUAUAUUAUAGAACCACCCAGUUCCUCAUAGCGAGAAAAAAAAUGGGCAAAGAGGAAUAAUAACAAACUUUAGAUUGCAGGAAGAAACGGUGUGCGGGUAUUGGUCCUAAAUUUAAAAUCUCACUAUCACUAAUUGGCUGAUAUAAACAUAUGAAAAGUCAAUACAACUAUACAGAAUUAAUUUUUGGAAAUCACUGCACAAAUGCCCAUUUAACCAGGGAAAUGCUUUUUAUUUUUGUUCUAGACAGUAGAUUCUAUAGUGAAUGAUAUGAUCUUUGUGAAGACUGUAAAUGAUAUAUUUACAGGAACAAUGAAAGAAUUAAUACUAUAGUAAAGUAUUGACGUUAACGUACAGGUGUUCAGUUUCAUUUCUUGAGACCAGACAACAAACUCUUCCAGAAAAUAAGCUUGUAAUUGAUUGAUGUACUUUAUUAAGGAGUUUAUUGUGAAGUGUCUGUUGUAAGGUCUAUUGAAUGAAGUUGAGCACCAGUUAUUUGGUUUGACAAAUUGAACACAGUACUGGCAUUAAUUGAUCGGUCAUAGGAUACCAAUUAAUUAGUCAGAUAAGUAAAACACUGUUUUUAGAUCAGGGCUCACCAUUUCAGUGCUAUGCUACUAGACUUCAGUGUACAAAAUGUAUUCACCAUUAAAAAGCUGGAGGGUUGAGUGUAGACUCAUCAGGUCUGAAUUUUCAAUUGCCAAUUGUGUGAACGAGUGGAAAUUUAGCAUUACGCAAGACUGACCUUUUCAAUAUGUUUAAAUUUUUGAAAUAUGCCAUAGUGAUUAGAUUUUAUUUGCCUUUAUUUAUAGCAACUUCUCACAAAAAAAUCCAUCCAGAAUUAACUUAUUCACCUUUAAUAGAAGCAAAAAAAAAAAAAGAUUCCUGCCAGACUGUCUGUUAUCCCAGUGAAUAUAGCACUAUCUCAAAGUCACUCUUUUAGUACAUGUGACUGAUCGCACAACUGGACAAUGCAGGGUAGUAGCUGGGUGUAACUGACAGUCCUAAAAUCCAGCUAUGUAAAUCUUAAUCCAUGGAAUAUGACUGCUAGUAUGUGAGGUUGUCCCAACAAUGAGACACUGUUGUUUGGUCAUUUGGUGGCAAAACAAUAUAGACACGUAAACAAGUCAAAUAUGUCACUGCUCUGUUGCAUGAAACAAUUCUUUUUUUCCAUAAAUAUGUGUUCUUCUGCACUUUGUAUGGAGGAGAAAGGUUCUGCCCUGAACACAAGCACACGGAUACUCUGGGAAAAACUUCAAAUCAGGUGAUGGUAAAUCCCUGGCACAAUCAGAGAGACUUCUGUACAUAUUUAUUUAUGUGUAAUUAAAUGAGGACGUUUUAAAGAUGUUUCAGUACAAGCUAUUUAUAAAUGGAGUGAAUUUGGGUAUAUAAUUAUUAUUUGGGGUAUUUUUCCCUUCUUGCACCUGUGGGUGUAAAUUCAUCCUAGAGGACUCGUCAUUUCACGGGCACCUCUGUUGUAAAAAAAAGAAAACACAAAUGAAAGGAAA